CACAGAGGAAGCCUUUGACUCCAGACUCGCAGCCCAGCGGGGAUUUCCGGAGAGGGUUGGUGACCAGCAGAAGGGCUCUAGGAGAAUCCCACUUCCAGCUGCUAAAGAGUCUAUCUCCGAGGCAGCUGCCUGGCUUAAAGAGAAGACCCUGCUCCAGCUGCCUCAGGUUUCCAGGCUUGGACUUGACUCACCUGGGGCCUGCCUCUCCGAAUUUCCUUCCAAGAGCCACCUGUGGUGAGAACCUCCAGGCUCAGAGACCCUGCGACUAGGCACAGUCAACCAUUCUGCUGUUUGCUCCAGGAAACUCGGUGUCAUCAUGGUGCGCUCCUGUGGGCUACUCACUGGCCAAAAGGAUCCAGUGGCACUGAAGAGCAUUGCUGUGGCCUUAUCUAUUCAUGACUUUGUGGCUGGUGUAUCUGCAACCUUAAACUAUGAGAAUGAGGAGAAAGUCCCUUUGGAGGCCUUCUUUGUGUUCCCUGUGGAUGAAGACUCGGCCGUCUAUAGCUUUGAAGCCUUGGUGGAUGGGAAGAAAAUUGUGGCAGAAUUACAGGACAAAAUGAAGGCCCACAGCAACUAUGAGGAUGCUCUCUCCCAAGGAUUCCAGGCCUACUUAUUGGAAGAGGAUAAGUGCUCCAGGGAUGUCUUCUGUUGCAAUGUGGGGAACCUCCUACCUGGGUCAAAGGUGGCACUCACUUUGAAAUAUGUGCAGGAGCUGUCCCUGGAAGCAGAUGGGGCCCUGCGCUAUGUACUCCCGGCAAUCCUGAAUCCUAGAUACCAUCUCUCUGAUCGAUGUGCAGACAGCUGUCUAGACUUAAAGACGCCCAUAGUCCCAUUGGAGGACCUGCCCUAUACACUCAGCAUGGUUGCCACCAUCAGCUCUCAGCAUGGCAUUGAGAGGGUGCAAUCCAAUUGCCCUUUGAGUCCUACUGAGUACCUUGGGGGUGAGAAGACGUCUGCUCAGGUUUCCUUAGCUGAAGGGCACAAGUUUGAUCGGGAUGUGGAACUCCUGAUUUACUACAGUGAGGUGCACCGACCCAGUGUAUCUGUGGAGAUGGGGAUGCCUGAAAUGAAGCCAGAGUCUCUGAUGGGAGCUCCUUCUGCAAUGGUGAGUUUCUAUCCAGAUAUCCCAGAAGUUGAAGCCUCAAGCACACGUGGAGAAUUUGUGUUCCUCAUGGACCGCUCAGGAAGCAUGCAGAGCCCUAUGAGUAGCCAGGACAGGUCUCAGCUGCGCAUAGAUGCUGCCAAGGAAACGCUGAUUCUGCUGCUGAAGAGUUUGCCUGAGGGCUGUUAUUUCAAUGUCUAUGGCUUUGGAUCAUCUUAUGAGGCAUUCUUUCCGGAGAGUGUGAAGUACACACAGGAAACCAUGGAGAAGGCAGUGAAACAAGUGAAACUCAUGUUGGCCGAUCUAGGAGGCACUGAAAUACUAACGCCACUACAGAAAAUUUACAGAGGAUCUUCCAUCCCAGGCCACCCCUUGCAGGUCUUUGUCUUCACAGAUGGAGAAGUUACUGACACAUUUAGUGUCAUUAAGGAAGUGAAAUUUAACAGUAAGAAACACAGAUGUUUUUCAUUUGGCAUUGGAGAAGGAGCCUCCACCAGCUUAAUAAAAAGCAUUGCACGGGUAUCAGGGGGCACUUCAGAGUUUAUCACAGGCAAGGACCGCAUGCAGUCCAAGGCUCUCAGGUCUCUGAAGCGUUCUCUACAAUCUGUGGUAGAGGACAUCUCUCUGAGCUGGACUUUGCCUCCCGGUCUGUCUGUUAAUAUGCUUUCCCCAGAACAGACAGUCAUCUUUAGGGGUCAGAGGUUAAUCUUCUAUGCCCAACUGACUGGAGUGAUGCCGCCAACUGAGGUUGAAGGAGAAGUACACCUCAAGUAUACCCUCCAUGGCAAGAGUUUUGAAGAAAAGGUGACAUUUUCUCCACAACCAAAGCCUGAUACCAACCUCACUAUUCACCGUCUUGCUGCAAAGUGUCUGAUCCAGACCAAAGACCUGGGCUUCAGGGAGACUCCAGCAAGAGAUAAAAAAGAGGUCCUGAACAUCAGCCUUGAGUCUGGAGUCAUGAGCUCCUUCACGGCUUUCAUUGCCAUAAACAGGGAGCUCAACCAGCCAGUGCAGGGGCCCCUGGCUCACAGGGAGAUCCCAAGACCAGUUCUUUUCAGUGCUCCCGCCACAAGGUCACAAAACUAUGGUCCUGCUGUUGCCAUGCCAUCUUUUGGGAGUCCUCCUGCACCUCAGCCUCUAAGGCAGCUGCCUUGCUGUGCAACCAUGACAUACAAGCGGGGUGGUGCACCUCAACCUUGUAGCCUGACACUUGGAAACGUAUCUUUCAAUGAGGCUACACAUGAAAUGAGCAAGAAGACACCUUCUUCUGCCAAAAUGACCAAGUUCAAAAGUAACCAUAAAGUCUUUGGUGAAAAUUAUAUUGUGCAGCUGAUAUGCCUCCAGAAUGCAAAUGGUUCUUGGGAUAUGGAAGAAGAUCUGGCCAAGGUCCUGGGGACUAGUUUGGAAGACAUGCAGGCUGCACACCCUACUGAGCUUGUGGAACCUUCUUGCUGGGCCACAGUGUUGGCCGUGCUCUGGCUGCACGCUAAUGGCAGGGAUCUGAAGUGUGAAUGGGAGCUUCUGGAAAGGAAGGCGGUGGUCUGGAUUCGCAAAAAUGCAGGCUCCACUAUCCCAGCACUUGUGAAAGCUGCGAACACUUUUCUGAAGUCCUCUGUGGAUCCUGCCAUCAUUGCCUACUGAAAAUGCCAUCUGGAAAAAGAGGCGCUUUUCUUUGUCACUUCCAUGUCCCUCACCUCUUCCUCUGCUGACAUGGGGUUUUGUUUUGUUAGCUUAUAGGGUCUUUCAUAGCUAUAAAAGCAAAAGGUGUCCAGUCACCUUAGGUCUCUGUUUCAGUUCCAUUUGAUGUGAUCUUUUUUGUCCUAAGUGCCCCUAUGACUAGUGCUACUGACUCUUUAAACUGUUUGCAGAGGUUCACAACAUUCAUACAGAAUCAUGCUUCCUGUAGCUUUUCCAUAUUAAUGACAUUAAAUGUUAUCACCUGUACUCCUUAUUAAGGACUGCAGCAUGGCUGCUACAAAAUGCCCAGGUUGGAGAAUUGUCUUCAUUAUCUUUUUAAAUUCCUUUUCAAGCUUCUAUAAUUGUCAGAACCAUACUGGUAAGCUUUGAAUUUUUCUAUUCUUAAAAGUUAGAGAUAAGUUGAAAGCUAACUUCAGAGUCAAUGUAACCUGAAGAUCAUAAACAGAGAUUCAGUGCUUCCACUGUGAACAUUGGUACUGUUAUGGACCCCUUAAUUAACUCUGUGCUCCAGUCUGUUCUUCAUGCUUUUCCUUUCAUUGUCUAAAUGACUUUGGUACAUGAUGCUAUUUGAGGAUAUGUGUCUCACCAUAAUCAUUAGUCACCCUUUAUCUGUAAUAAAAUACUUAAACAAAAUUUAACUCAUGAAGCCUUUGACUAUUAUCUAGUUUACUCAGCAUUAAUGACAUUUGUGCCUGAGACCUGAACCUGGAUUUAUUACGAUAUGAAGAAUAACAGAGACUGUCAUCACUCUGACAUUUAUUUUUCACAUACCUCAUCCUAGUGAAAUGAUCCUAUAUGAUGUACUAUUCCCCCAAUUAUUGCUUUAUCAAUAUUAAAAUUGUUUCUGAAAUAA